AUGGCUGACGUUCCCCCCAUCCCUAAACAAUCAAAGAUCACGGACUUUAAUAAAGAUCUAAGGCCAAUUUCUCUGACGUCAACCUUAUCAAAAGUGGCAGAAAAAUUCAUCAUUGACAGAGGCUCAUGUACAACGUUUGCUCUUAUCUCAAUGUUACACAAAUGGCUAACUGAAACCGAUGGCACAGGCUCAGCGAUAAGAGUAGCUUUACUCGAGUACAGGAAAGCCUUCGACUUGGUUGAUCAUAAUUUGCUAAUUGCAAAAUUACUCAGUUAUGGUUUAAAACCCACAAUCGUAAAUUGGAUUACGGACUUUCUACGAAAUAGAUUACAGCGAGUAAAGAUAUCAACCGAAGGUGUAUCCGACUUCCUACAAGUUCCAGCGGGCGUCCCACAAGGAACCAGGAUUGGUCCAUGGCUGUUCUUAGCCAUGAUUAACGAUCUACGUAUCAAUGGUUCCCCCAAAAAUAGUAUAUGGAAAUUUGCAGACGACACGACCAUUUCUGAAGUCAUCUUAAGGAACAUGGAAAGUAGAUUACAAGAUACAAUAGACCAAGUUGCUAAAUGGUCCAAUGAAAAUUAA